GUUCUUUUUUCCCUUCUCCCCUUCUUCUCUCCCCCAACGCCUUAAUCGCCAAACCUCGAUUUCCUUACCUUAUUUCGACUCUCUCGACUCUCCCUCCUCUCGACUCGUCUGGAAUUGUUCCUUCCCUACCGACUUCACUACCUGUUCCCAUCACCCGAACGCUAAAAACACCCCGAUACACCGCAAACGUUACAACUAUCUCCACCAAACCAUCACCCCCCCUCAAACAUUCGCCUCUCCACCAUUAAAGCACGACACCCUCCUGUCAACUUUUGCUCCAAACGCUGAGAACGCUUUCCAUCUCGACUUGUCCUUCCACCAACUCUGCGCGCCCAAACAACCACCCGUUCAAUCUGGCUCGUGGUUCGAUUCCCACGCCCAUCCUCCUUCGUUCCGAUCCCCCCACCGACCCCGGUAGCUACCUCAAGCGUAACACAGAUUUCUCGUCUGGGGUACAUCGCUAGGGGUAGACCGUGGUCGUUCACAGUUCUCUCCGACCCGUGAAAAAAAAGAAAGAAGAAAAGGGAAUCAGGACUCCUGUGUUGAACUCCUUUCUUCAAUCUUCCACUCCUGUUUUUUCUCACCCCAAAACGAUCGCUUGAUCUCCCGGCUGCAACACCUAACCCCCGAGUUCUCAAAGAACAAAUCGCCACGCUGGACCUCGCCAACUCCAUCCUGUUCGACUGUGUCUGUUGCGAGCAACCACCUCUAUGGCCACUGACAUAGAUAUGCAUGACGCCUCACCUGUGCCUACUCUGCCGCAUCCUCACGACGGUGGCCGUAUGCAUAUGUCCUCCCUGUCCUCAUCUUCAUCCAUAUCUGACGCCGAAACUGAUCGCCGAGGCCGCUCUGAACGUCCGCGCAUGGCGAGUCGCAAGCCAUCUGCUUCCAUUCUGGUUCCCCGAGAUCACCCCGAAAUUGAAAUUGAAGAGGAAGAAUUUCCUCCUGACGACGCUCGCGCUAUGAGUCCCCGCCGUAAUUCUGCUGAUCUGGAGCGAUUGGGCAAGGAGGCCCGCCAGACGCUUCAAGAGCAAGCAAAGGCUCUCCAGUCCUCUCUCCAGGCCCUCGCCGAACGCAUUGACGCAGUCAAGUCCGACCACGAUAAGUUGGAAAACGAGAACAAGAUCCUCCAGGACUACAUCGGUGGUCUUACCCGCAAUAUGACCAAGAGCGAAAUGACUCGCAGUACAAAGGCUCGAAAAGCCCAGAAAUAAAUCCCCUCGACCGAUAGGUGUCGCAGGGGUUGGAGGAGUCGCAGGAUGAAUUGGAACACUCACUACGAUUCUACGACUCGGAUUUGAUGACUACGUUCUCUCUUCGACUUCGACACGGGACUGAUCUUGGGAGCCGCCAUAUUUUGUGAUCUUCCACACCAAUAACUACUUCAAUACAUUUCCGCCUAGCCCAUUCACGACAACCAUCAACUCUCCUCGAAAAUUACGUGCUCGAUUCCACGAUGCUGAACUCGGAAGUCCUGGUCACCGGACUCCGAACUGCAUAGCAGUCUCGCCUACUCGCCCCCACGGGACAACAAGGCGUACGAGGCUUUUCCCUGACAUUACGGGUUGCCUGUAUGGUACCAGGGGGCGUGUGUACAUCUCUCCCUGAUGGUUGUCGCCACUCGCUCACUUCUCCCGAUGAUGAUUUUCGGCCACCCGACUGGAUCGACUGGCUACCUACACAACAUUUACAUCUCCACAUACAACAUUCUCAUGAUCAAUCUCGCCACAGAAGUUCGUCACCGAUAUCCACCGCCCUUUUGAGGUGGGACCGACCGUUGAAACCUGUCAGGUCGUCCCAGCACAAGUGCUUAUUUACCCAAGGGGGCAACGGAUGUUCGGUGACAUCAUAGCAUAUUUGGGGCUCGUCAAGUGGUCCGCCACUUGAUUCUUGGCAACCUUGUUGUUCAAGGAUCUUCCACCAAAACCCGGGGUCAGCCUUCGGUCGUAUGUGCGACACGAAUCUCACCCUGACACGAUGUGAUCUUCAUUUUGGCUGGCAGAUCGUCCCUCCAAUCUUACCAUUGUCAAUACCUGUUCCACCUGGGCACUCACCCUUUUCAACCCCCAACCUCCUAUCCCUACCUCCACCAUACUCCCAUCAUUGUGACCUUACUCUUCCUCUCUCUCUUCGCGUUAUAUCAUUCGGCGUUGUUUUUUUUCAUUUCUCAUUCUCACUUUUCUUUGAUCUCACACUCACGGCGGCUCUCUGUGAACAUUGGUUUCACUUGUACUUUUUUUUUUUAUUAUCGGAUGCAUAGCACCUUGGGCGUUUCGGGGACUGACUAGACUCGAUUUGAUUGAAUGACUCUUUACCGGAGCCUGCACCUGAUUAUGUUUUCGUCGUCAUAUGGCAUGGCAUUGCAUGGUCAGCAGCAGGACGGCGCGGAAAGUGGAAAGCAUCUUUACCUGGGAGGGAUGUUCUCUUUUCGGAGCAGUCCAGUGUUUCUUUUCUUGAUUUUGAAAUGUUUCUUUUACCUUUUCCUUCAUUUCAUUUCACCAAUUUUGUCUUUUUCUCCUCAUCUUGAAUCACGUUUGUGUUCUCCUGAAAAGGAGUACAACACAAACGGGGUUUGAGUGAAAGGAGAAAUGGCAAUCCCAUGUACAUCUUCCAGCCACUUUUUGCAACUUGCAACUUGCAUUCUUCUAUUAAGCAAUGGACUGCUUCCCCAAGAGAAACAUUUCAUACCAAAGAAGCCUACCAUGCUAUCCUCCAAUAAUUUGUUUCGCGUCUCCAUUUGCAACUUUUUCUACUUACCCGGCUCUGACAAAGUACAGUCUUCAUCAGCCUGCUUUGUCACCCGUCUAUUUUUAUCAUUUUUUAUCAUUGCGGCUCUGUGACUAUUACUGCUUCGCCUUGCCGUACCCAGGAUUCCUGCGCAUGUCUCUCAAGUCCCCAUCCUUAUGUUUUUCUUUUCUUUUUACUCUUGAUCUCUGAUGCACCGCACAUCAUACCCACGCUUCCUUGUCUGGUCUUGUUUUGCAUGGGCUGGUUGCAUGGUGGUUUUUAUUCAGAGCAAAUCCAUAGCAAUGGGA